GCGGGGGUAAGCUAACGUCGCCGCACGAGACUCGGCCUUUGGCUUAGUCUUGCGGGGAUGGAUCGAGUGUGGAGUGCGUGGUACAGGAAGGGCGUUAAAGAAAAAGAGUUGUCGCCGGCAAAGAGCCAAAGCAUCGUGGUGUCCUGGCUUAGCAAGGCGGAAUGGGACCAGGUGACGGUUUAUCUGUUCUGUGAUGACUUAAAGUUGCAACGAUACGCGCUAAACCGAAUCUCCGCGUGGAGGAGCAGGUUAGGCAACGAACUUCCUCUGGCAGUGGCUACUACUGCUGACCUGAUACGUUGUAAACUCAUGGAUAUAGCUGGUAAUGUGGGCCAUGAUGAACUUAGACUGCUGUAUGGCAUGGCAUUAGUCAGGUUUGUGAAUCUUAUCUCGGAGAGGAGGACAAAGUAUACCAAGCUCCCCCUCAGGUACCUGGCUCAGGAGAUAAACAUUCCAGAUUGGAUUGUUGAACUUCGCCAUGAAUUGACUCACAAGAAAAUGCCACAUCUAAAUGAAUGUCGCAAAGGCUGCCAGUUUGUGCUGAAAUGGCUCCAGAACACCUACUGGUGCCAUCAGUUGGAGAACAGUAUGAAAGAUACUUUGGAGUUUGAGGAAGAGAAGAUGGAGAUAGGAGAAGAUUACCAAGAAGAUAAUCUAGGAAAUGCAGGAGGAAACCCCAGAGGAAAAACUGGAGGAAACCAAAAGUCUAACACCAGAAGAAACUCUGGAGGAAACGCAGAAGGAAACCCCGGAAGAUACUCCGAAGUAAAUCUUGGAGGAAUCCCUGGAGGAAAUAUAGGAGGAAGCUCCAGAGGAAGCUCCAGAGAAAACUCGGGAGGAAACUCAGGAGGGAAUCCCAGAAAAAACCCAGGGGAUAUGGGAGGAGACAUAGAAGAAGAGGAAGAAGAUACGAAUGUUGAUGAUGAGCAGAGAUCUGAGUCUAAGGAUGAUGUAAAAGGUGCAGAGUUGGAUGUCAAGGAUGAUGAAAACACAAAAGGCAGUGAAGUGGUGGAUUCUCGAGGGAAAAGGCCUGUGAGACAUAAGGAGUUGUAUGAAAGAGCCUGUCAGCUGCUGAUAUCUUAUGAAGAGGAACAGUUUAAGGUGCUUGAGAAAUACAGAUAUUUACCUCAGGCUGUUAAGGCGUGGAAUGACAUGUCCCCACAUAUAGAAUGGAUCCUGGGUGAGCUCAAGGGCAUUGCAUGGGAGAACAGGAAUGCUGUGUUGGAUGCUUUUCUGGAUGAUGGAUUCCUCAUUCCCACAUUUGAACAGUUGGCAGCUUUGCAGAUAGAAUAUGAAGAUGGUCACACUGAGGUCCAGAAAGGGGAUGAUAUUGGCCCAAAGUCACGCAAAAACAUGAACUUGGAUGACGCCUUGGUGCCAAAGCCAUUCUCUCAGUUCUGGCAGCCCCUGCUCAGGGGCUUGCACUCCCAGACCUUCACAGAAGCCCUGAUGCAAAGGAUGUUCACUGAACUGCCAUCUUUGGGGGACAGUGGGAUCCGGGCUACCUACAUCCUUCGAUGGAUCGUUGAACUGAUUGUAGCCAACACUAAGUCUGGUCGGAAUGCUCGCCUCUUUUCUGCAAGCCAGUGGGAAGCAAGAAAGAGCUGGAGGCUUUUCAACUGCUCUGCCUCCAUUGACUGGUCCCAGGUGGUUCAGUUCUGCUUGGGAUCACCUUGCUGGGCCAGCCCCCAACUCCUUCAGCUUGUCUUCAAAGCCAUGGGACAAGCCAUACCAAAGGAGGAUCAGGCGAAGCUGCUGCGCGUCUGUUCAAUAUAUACACAGAGUGGGGGUUUUGACCAGGAGGAGGAUGACACGGUGGUCCCUACUCCCAUUGGGAAGACUCCAUUCACAAUAGAGAAUCUGUAUCGGAUCCUCAAUCCACCUGACUCCAACUGUAAGUCUGAAGAAAAGGCUCAGCAGUCAGAGGAGCAGGGUAGUCUUCAUGAUGUCAAUCAACAAGUUGAGGAAGAGGAGAUGGAGAAGGAGGAGGAAAAGGUCUUGGAGGAGGAGAUAGAGGAAAAACAAGAAAAAGAGGAAUCAGAGAAGGAGAAGCAAAAGGUCUUGCAGGACCAGAUAGAGGAAGAGCAGGAAGAAGAAAAGGAGGAGGAAGAGGAAGAUGAGGAGGAUGAGGAUGAAGAUGAGGAUGAGGAUGAGGACGAGGAUGAGGAUGAGGACAAGGAAGAUGAGGAAGAAGAGGAGGAAGAGGAAAAUGACAUGGAAGAUGAAGAAGGGGAUGGAGAAGAUGAAGAAGAUGAUAAUGAUGAAGAGGAAGGAAACAUGGAAGCUUCUUCUUAUACUACAUCAGAGUCUCCCACAGUGAUGCAAGCCAGGAUCAUGGCCCACAAAAGAGAAGUUUUACAGGGCUCUGCAUGGCAAGUUGGUUCAGAAGAUGUACGUUGGGACACAUUCCCCUUAGGCCGUGUGCCAGGUCAAACCGGUGACCCAUCAGAGUUUAUGCUGGACAGUUAUGAUACAAUGUAUCUUUUGGACCAGCCUGUGGUAGACCAGAGGCUUCGUUCUCCAAAGUCCAAGACUAGCACCCUGGGCUUAAGCUACAACAGCAGUUGCACCAGUAGCAUCAACCAUGAGGGCCUUCUUUGGAACCCUGCACAGCUGUAUCGGCUCAAGGCUGGUGUGCAGCUCUUCUGAUUGACACUUCAACUCAAUUUCCUACUACAGUAGAAUUUUAAUUUUUUCCCUUUUGUUUUGAAGAAAAAUAAACAAGCAACUGUUAUUUUGGUGUUUGUGAA